AUUCUGGAUCAGAUAAGGGGACAUUUUCUUGCUCUUCUGCUAUUUCAGGUCAUGAUGAUUCUUUAUGUGAUUCUUCUAUCUUGAAGAAUAUUGGUCAAGGAGAUUCUGGUGUAGGAACUGGUCAUACUUCCGAUCCAGUGCCACCAUUGCCUGCAAUUUCAUCGGUUUCACAGUAUAACACUCCUCCCACUGCACCUAAGCCAGGUAGAGGACGAGGACGCAAGCCUCAAACUGGAAGUGAGCCACCACGGCGCAGGGGGAAGAGACAGGAUUUGAUCACCACAACUGUUACUGAGGGGUUAGGUGCUCAGGAUCCAAGAUCAAUUGAACCCCCACAAAAGAGAACCAGGUUAUCCGUUGGGAGGAAGCCCACUACAAGAAGCAGGCGUGAGAAUGAAGCUCAACAAGUAGUUGUAGACCAGUCGGUUGUAUCUCAAAGGACUCCAGAUUUUUCUGGUGGACAAAUCCCUAAAGAUAUGGUCCGUAGUGAAGUUGAUCCACAGAACAAUGCUAUCAACAGAGAUGCAUCUCAAUCCCAUGCUAUUCUGGUUCCUGGUCAGGUGGGUGAUAAUGUAAACCCGGAUACUGCUACUGCUGAAAAGGUUCUCAAUGAUGCUCAGAGAAAGGCAGCUGUGGUCCAAUCUGUUGCACCUCAAAGUUGCUCUGGUCCUCCUAUUGAGCUGCAGAUUAACAUGGUCAACUCUGGCGAUUCUCCUGCUCAGGUUGGUGUAUCUGCUGAAGAGGAGGUUUAUACUGCUAAUGUGAAUUUUGAAACUGCUAUGACUAAAAAGGUUCUCCAGGAAGUGCUGGAACAAACAGCAAUUGUCCAGUCAGAAGCAUCUCAAAUGACUCCAGAUCCUAGUGCAAGGCCAAUCCCUCAAGCUAUGGUGCGUUCUGAAGUUAAGCUACAUAGCAAUGCUAUCAAAUCCGACGCAUCACAAUCCAGUGGUCAUGUUGCAGAACGGGUAGAUACUGUUAAUAUAAGCUGUGGAGCUGAUCCAACUAAGGAGGUUCUCAGUGAGGAUCAACAAAUAAUGGAAGUUCAGUCAGCUGCAUCUCAGACGCCUUCAGUUCUCUCUGUUGGGAAACUCCUUGAAGAUAUAUUGUGUAAUGAAGUUCAGCCACAGUCUGAUGCUAUCCAAACAGAUCCAUCGCAAUCCCAUGUUACUCUUUCUUCUGCAGGGGUGGACAAUCUCAAGGAAAAAGAAAAUGCUAUGACUAGAGAGGUCCCCUUGGUAACUCCCCUAUCAGAGACCAAAGAAGAGGGAUAUUCGAGAAGUAAAUAUGACAGCCAUCCAAAUUUACCUGUAUCUUCUUGUGAUGAGUUGGCUGUAUCAACUUCAGGAUCAAUGGCUCAGGUUAGUGAUUGUCUGGUUGAGGAGAGUGAAGGUGAUUCUAAGGGUGAAGGUGCUGAAAAGAGUGAAACUAAUUCUAAAGGUGAAGAUGGUAAGAUUGAGGCUAUGAAUGACAAAUGUGAGAGUGAUGGCAAGAAUGAAAAUGAUGAAAAGGAAGCUGGGAGACGCAUGAAGGCUGGUGAAUCACAGGCAUCAUCUCUAUGUUAUGUCGAACCUACAUUAGUUCAAAUCCAUGUAAGCGAUUGCACGAAUGCUGCUCUACUCGAUAAGGGGGAUUCAUGCAAAAAUUCACUGGCAGGUAAGAGUGGGGCAAACAUGGCUGCAGAAAAAGAUGUUGACCAGCUACAGUCGGAGGAUCUUUCUCAUGAUAAAUCAUUUGUUAGUAAAACUGAGGUAGCCAGCAUUGAGAGUCGUGCUGGUGGUGGACUCGCAAAAGAACAGGAGACAGGAGACACCAUAGAGGAGGAGACUGUUGUUUCACCUGCAGUGGGGGCUGACAGUCAAAAUAUGAAGGGAAUCACAUCAUUUGCAUCUCCAUCUACCAAGACAGAAUAUGAAGAGAUAACUAAAGAUUUAAGUAGGGUGGAGGAAGAAAAAUCUUCGACUCUAGAAACUUUUGAGAAGCAAUCUAAUGUUGCAGACUCCCUUGCAGAAAAAUGUGAGAGCGAUCUUGCAGCACAAGAUCCAGAUAUGGAAGAUUCAGAUGUAAGUGAAGUUGCACCAAGCCCUAGAAAUGAGUCCCGAUCCAGUUUAACUGGUGGCACAUCACAAAGGGAACCUGAACAACAAGCAAUUGCUGAAGCAAACUUGCACCCAGAGACUUUUCGAAACACAGAAUCUGGUGCUCGGGAGGAAUCCCUUUCACUUCGGAUUGCUUCAAAUCCUGAAGCUGUUGAGGCUCCAAAAGAAACGUUUUGCAGCAACCAUGACACGAAUUGUGUAGCUGAAUUACAGGCUGUUGGGUCAUCUGAAAAUCGCCCAGAAUUAAAACAGGUUAUGGUGGAAGACAUGCGAACUAAAAUUUGUGAGGAGUCUGCUUCACAUGAAGUUGAUGAUAUUGUACCGCCUCAAACAGAAAAGGCUGGCGUUCAGUGCCGUGAUGAUUUGUCUGUUGAGACAAAUGAGGGCAGAAGAUCUGAAGAUAAUGUAGAUGUUUUAAAUGGUGAACUAAAAAAACCUCUAUCCAGCACAAUUGCUGGAACAUCUGAAAAGGUAGCAGAUCUGCAGUUAGUUGCUGAGGAAAACACAGUAAGGAUAAAUGAUGGUUCAAUAGAUUCAGGUCAGGUGGCAGAAAAGUCCGAGGAUAUAUCAAUCCAAGAUCUUACUAUUGAAGGUCAAGAGACCAAGGGAAGUGAUGCUGCUGAAGAUACCUCAACAUCAAAUUCUACAUUUGGUGAACCUCAACACAGUGCUGGCACAUCUAAAAAUGAAGUGGUAUUUCAAUUUUCUGCCUUAGAAAAUAUAGAAAAGAUGUAUAGCGAGUCAGUGGCAUCGGGUGAGGUAACAGCUCCCAAACCUCUGAUAAAAAAGUCUCAGAGUUUGCAUGUCCAAGACCUGGUGGACAAAGGAUUUGAUGCCACUGGAGAUGUUUCAAAAUCUAAAUCUGGACUAAAUGAAGCUCAACCUGGUGGAACAUCUCAAAUAGGGGUAAAGUUACAGUUGGUUGCGGGAGAGAACUCAGAGACGAGGAAUAAGGAGGAUGGUUUACCUGAUGCUACAGCUGUUAAGCCCCCACCGUGUAACUCUGAGAAUUUGGGUAUCCAAGAUCCUGCACAUCAAGAACCCGAGAACCAACGAUCUGAUACAACUGAAGAGUUUUCAACAUUAAAUGUUGAACUUAAUGAAUCUCAACCAGAAGCAGCAGAUGGAACUUCUGAAAUAGUGGUGGAGUCUAAUUCGGUUUCCAAACAAGACAUGGAAAUUCCUGAGGAGAUUGCUACCGUGGAUGUUACAGCUGAGAAUGCUGCAGUAGGGAAGUCUAAAAUUUUACCCUUGAUAGAUGUUGCUGUUGAAGGAAAAGGGAAUAAAGAAUCUGAUGUAAUAGAUGAGAUUUCCAAUUCUGAACUCAGUGAACCUAAAUCCAGUCAAUCCACAGUUAAUGUGGAAACACAUUUAAUUUGUGAUGAGUCGGGAAUGACUGACAAGGAGGUGGCUCCACUUGAAGUUGAAGUAGUUGAAACUCCAUGCAGAGAUUUUCCUGGUUGUUCUGGCAGAGACUUGGAAGUUGAAGGACAAGAAGAAAAGAAGUCUACUGCAAGUAAAAAUGUUUCUAACCCUGAGAGUAAAGAGCCUAAAGGCAGUCCAGGUGCUAGAGCCGCUGAUAAUGGGGCAGAAUCACAAUUGGUCGCUCAGAGGAACUCCGAGACAGCUCUGAGCAAGGAGGUCUUUUCAGGCAAAGAUGAGAACUCCAGUAUCAAGCAAGGUGGAGAUGAAGACGUGUCAACUGCAACAGAGUAUGAUGAUGAAGAAUUCUCAUCUGCUACAGGGGCUGGUGAUGAUAAAACUGUGUCCACUGCAGUUACUGAUGCUUGAUCUGGCAUUUCUCCUGUAUUGCAGGCAGGCAGUAAAGGUGGAUUUUUGCUUCUUAUUUAAAAUGCAUAUGAAAAGGUUACGUCUUGACAAUCUUGGGAGGAUAGGGAUUGAUAUAAACUAGCAACAGUUCCUCGAGGAUUUCCAGUUCUUCAUGCGGAUCUCCCGACGUGAUGGAUGAACAGGACUGGCAUUGCUGGAAUCUGCAUCUUCAAAGCGGAUGAUUCAGGUCAAAGGUUAAAGUUAAGAUAGUAUGUGAACUGGUAGUGUGUACUCCCUAUUUGCUGUAAAUUAUAUAUGUAGUUAUUAGCUCAUUUCUCCCUCCCUCUUUCCCCGGGGUGUAUGCGAUAUAACCUGGUCCAAAAUCUCUGGCAGCUCGCAGCUGUAUCAAUAUUAUUUCGGCUAUAGUCAGAAGCUCCUCUUUCUGGCCAAGUUUCUCUCUCUCACAUGCCAUUUACUUUAGGAUUGCACCUGAA